CUGCGUGAACUGCCUGUCGGGCUGGUGCGCUGUGACGCACGGGAUCGCGUUGGGGAGUAAUGGCGUUGAACUCGGCCUGGAAGCGAAUGUCGUGGUUUUACUACCAGUAUCUGCUGGUGACCGCGCUCUACAUGUUGGAGCCGUGGGAGAGGACAGUCUUCAAUUCCAUGUUAGUGUCUAUUCUUGGAAUGGCACUUUACACUGGCUAUGUGUUCAUGCCUCAGCAUAUUAUGGCAAUAUUGCACUAUUUUGAAGUUGUGCAGUGAUAAAGAAUCUCCCAAGCAGGGAUCAUGUGGAAGCUGAAGACCAGAUACCGAAGAAGAACUACCUGCUAUUAAGGAUUUCUACAGACAACACAACAAAGAAGACAUGAUAGUGGCAACUUUGAAGUUGAGGCAACCAGCUGAACACACACACACACACACACACUGGGGAUGUAAUAUAUCCUGAGUGUUAGUGGCAUUUUCUUUUGGUUUUACAAAAUUCUCUUGUAUAGUAAUUUUUGUCUAAGAACAUCGUGAUUGUUUGUACCUUUGAUAUCAGUAUUUUCUUAACUUUGUGACAGUCUCAGUAUUAUACUGUGAAAGCUUUUCUUAUUGUAACUGAGUACAUCUUAAUUGCCUUCUAUUUUUAAUCAAAAAUAUUAAUGGGGCUUAAGGCUUUUGCUAUUGUAUGGUUAUAUGUCCAUCUGGGUAUAUUUCUAAUAACACAGUUUGUAAGAAAGUGUUUAGAUUCAUACAAAGUUGUGGAUAUAUUCAUUGAAUCUUUCUUACAAAAACAUGUUUGUAAGACCUAACUCAGGUGCUUCAGUUGCUAUUGGGACUCUCCAAAAGGAUGUUUGUGUGUAUCACUCUUAAUUUGCUUUAACAAUAAAGAGAAAGCCUUUUGUGUUCCGUUUGGCAAAAGCAUGCAGCCACUUAGUACUGUAUGUAUGGAACAAUGCUGUAAAGGAAUAUACUGGGCUGGACCCUUCUGUGCGCAUACAUAAUUAGUUUGUUUUACGUAUGCCAUCUAACUUUUUGUGGAGUUUUGUGAUAGCACUUUAAUGCUGCUGUUAUAGUUUCCAACUGAACUGUACUUGUAAAUGUUUAUUUCUCAAGGAGUAUAAAUUAAUAUAGACUGAGUGAAAAGAUCACGGCUGUUGCUGUUGUAUAAUCAUGCCUGUGUUAUGAACCAUUUAUUAGUGUAAAUAGCAUUCAAGCCAUUUUGAAUACUUAAAACCAAAUGACCAAAAUACAGAAUUUGAAGUGGACUUGAGUUAAAACUACAGCAAUAAGGGGCUGUCUACUAGGCUGAAGACUUAAGUUUUUAUAGCUUUUUCAGAUUUGUAUUCUGAAAUGUAAGAUGGCAGUUUUUAAGGUGGGGGUAUUUUUUUUUCAAAUAAAAGCUGAAAGAGUUGAUUGUA